UAGGGCAACGAGAAAUUUCCCCAUUCUCAAGUGGAACGCUAUGGCGGAUUCUUGCGAGGGCUCGGUGCUGGAAGAGGAGAUCGAUGACGAUUACGAUCCCACAGGCGAAGGCGAAGGUGAGAUCGAUGAAAUUUUCGCCGGUUUUCUUUCUUCCUUUGGUAGAGAUCGUUGAGUUGGAGCUCGAGGCCUUCUUAGAAUUUGGUAGGCGAGGAUUCAAAGAGUCUUUUGUAGUGGAAUGGAGGCCGUUUUGUGAGGGAAAAAGAGAGAAUAGCUAAAACAAUGCCGAGGGCUGUUUGGAAUCCAUAAGUUUUGGCGUUUGUUCUAAGUUUGCUAGACUACUCAGACCAGCGCACGAACUUGUACAGGGAAUGCGCUCACAAAAACCAUCCAAAGCUCCAACACUAUAAUCAGAAACUGAAACUUCAACACAGGCGAUUUCAUUGCUUCCGAGGAUGUUUCCACCAAAGCAACCAGUCAGCCCGAGAGCUCGAGCUGAUAUUGGACGCCUUCCAAGUCCCAGUAAGAUUAGUUUCUUGUCCAGUGCUAUGUAUUUCUCUCUUUUCUUUGCAGCCGCACCCGUAGAGCAAGGAAGCACUCAGGGCUCAAUGGUGAAGUGGAAGUCUAGCGAAGGAAAAGAUAGCCAGGGUGGCCUGCAAUACAACGUACCGCAGUCGAGAGGUGAUGGGGAUGAAGCGGAGCAAAAGAAGGGCCAAAGAUCGAUGCUGAGUAGCGUACAAACAAUGGAGCAACCUCGACUUUCUCCAAAUUACACGUCCAUGCAAACGGAGUUGCUGGAGAAGGUAAAGAGGGACCUCGAGGAGGAAGGCUGCAAUUUGAUGGAACAGAGGCGAAGGGAUGUCAUUGAAGAGGUCGAAAGGCAAAUAGAUGAGGAGAGGAAGAGGCUGCAAGAGAUACAGAACUCGAAGCUUCAAGAAGAUCUGGAGCUCGAAUAUAAACUUCUCGAGCAGAAGGAGCUGGAGAGGAAGCGUGCUUGGGAGGAGAGGCUCAAACAGGAAGAAGAGGAGAGCGCGAAGAUGGCCAAAGAUCUUGCAGAGCGGAGGAAGAAGACAGAGGAGGAUGUUACAAAGGUGUUGGAGCUGGAGACGAAGAGCUUCGAGCUGGAAAGCUUGCAGCGGCUGAACUCUUUCAGAGCGGCUCUGGAGGACGAAGAGCUAAAGCUAAUCGAAUCGGAGAAAACGAAGACUUUGGCUCUCGUCGAGGACAAAGUUCUAGCAGAGGAGGAGCUUGUCGCGAAGGAGAUGAAGAAGGACGCUCUUGGAAGGAUGAAGCUACUGGCCCAGGCGCUGGAAACGGCCGUUUACGAAAGGGAACUGGAGGUGGCGAGACAGAGGGCGAUGGAGCGGGUGGAAUGGGAAAGAAAGGAGCAUCGGAUGAAGAUCGAGAGGGAAGUGGACGAGGAAGUGGCCAGUUUCAAGGAAGAUCUUGUGAAGGAGAGGAGGGAGCGAAUGCUACAGCAGGUUUGCAGGAGGAUUUGCGAAGAACACAGGCUCCAUUACGAGGUAAUCUCAUUCCCGAUCGAAGGAAGUUCUAACUCCAAGCAGGCUUUGUCGCGAGGAAACUUUGGUGUCCCGGACAAAGCGGUCAUGGCUGCGAGGGUCUGAAAAGUCUCCAAAAGUUUUCCAGCUCCAAUAAAGCAGCCAUUAGAACUCA